AGAGAGAUGGGGAUGGGCGACACAGGAGACGAGAAGCAGAGAGGAGGGGUGAUGUUGUAAAACACACGGCUGCUAUUGGAUGGACCGCAUGAUGAUUAUUAUUAUUAUGCAUCAGCAGAAGGACGCUGUCAUGCAGCAUCCCUCUCGGAUCUGACUCCGCAAAGCUUUUAUUUUGCCAUUUCUGCUUGUGUUCUCCAGCGGCCCGGGUCUGGGCGGCCCAGCGAGGAUGCAGGUAAACACAUGAGCAAGGGCAGACACGCACGGCCAGAAAAAUGCAGCGUUCAUCGAGACCUCGUUGUCGUACACCACGCAUGAGGAUGCUGGAGACGCAUGUGCCGUUUGCAAUCGGUCUGAACUGACUUCAGAGAGAAAGAGAGAGAGAGAGAGAGAGAGGCUCGAAUGGCAGGCGCUGAGCUUUGACUGGAUGUCAACACAAUCCCAUGCUGCACUGCUCACAGAAUGGACUCCAACGGUGACGGCAAAGAGGAAUGGUCAGAGGAGCAAUGGGAGAAAUGGUUGACUCACGACAUAGGCUUGGACGGAUUCGAAGAUGAGGACCUGUCUGAAAUCACAGAAAUCAAGGACGAAUUCGACCUGAGGUCCAGACACCAUGAAUCUGAGGGUCACGUGAUCCAGGCGCCCAAUAGCGGGCCGGACGGGGCGGAGGCCGGCGCUGCGGGUCAGAUCCAGGCAGAGACGCGUCCUUCACAUCCUCCUGAUGCCGCCCGCAGGAGGAAAACGUCGUCGGACUCGGCCGUUCCUGGCAGCAUGGAUACCUACCGUCCAAAAAGGCCCACCACGCUCGACCUGUUCCCACAGGUGCCGCGGACUCAGGACACUUUAAACAACAACUCAUUUGCGAAGAAGUACAGCUGGCAGCAGAAAGUCUCGCAGACCUUGCCUCCUCUUAAAACAGGUGAACUGAUGCCGUCUCGCGAACACACGUGUCUGAGCGACGAGGAGAAGCACCAGCCGGCUCCGAGCCGGACUCAGAAAGACUGCGGCACCUCUACGGACAAACCCGGCGGCUGCCCCUCCAGACACGGCCCACACAGACCCAGAGAGGCGGCUCACUGCGAGCGCAUCCGCUACCACACCGACGUCCGGCUCGAGCCGACCGAGGAGAUCUAUCUGACGCCGAUACAGCGCUGCACUCGCGGCCUGGAGCACGAGAGGUCGCCGGCGCUUUCCCGAGUCGCCCUGGACGGCUCCGACAACGAGGCUCCCCCUCCGUACAGCGAACGGGACCUGCGGCCGCCGUCGUAUUCCUCCUGCGUCGAAGCUCUGGCGGCUGACAGCGAAGAAGAAGAAGAAGAAGCAGCAGCCGGAGCGGAGGAUCUGUGUUACAGAGUCUGCGGCGCGGGCGAGGCUCACGCCCGCCGCGAGAGCGUGUCUGGACUGCUGCGGACGCCCGUGAGCCGCUCGGACGCGAGCGGACUCUCCUACGAUUCGGUCAAAUACACGCUGGUCGUGGACGAGCACGAUCAGCUGGAGCUCGUCAGCUUGAGGGAGUGCUACCGGGGAUACAGCGAGGACAGCGACUCGGCCACCGUCUACGAUAACUGCGUCUCCUCUCCGUACGAGUCGGCUUGCGAGAAAGAGGACGGGGAGGAUGAGAACGAGAACGAAGGCGAGGGGAGAAAGCGGAGCGGGAGCAAACGGGAGGCGUCCACGUGUCUGUCCGAGGACUCCACGCCGGAGGCCGACAUGCAGUUUUCCCGGAAGUUUGUGAACGUCUUCAUGAACGGCUGCUCGCGCUCCUCCAGCACAGAAUCAUUUGGCUUGUUUUCCUGCAUAAUUAAUGGAGAAGAGAGAGAGCAGACGCACAGAGCCGUGUACAGGUUCGUCCCUCGUCACGAUGACGAGCUGGAGCUGGAGCUCAACGACCCUCUGCUGGUGGAGCUGCAGGACGACGACUACUGGUACGAGGGAUUCAACAUGAGGAGCGGAGCGCGCGGCGUCUUCCCCGCUUACUACGCCGCUGAGGUCUUCAAGGAGCAGGAGCUCACUUUAAACGCGAAAAGUACCGAGUGGAUGGAGAGAUACGUGAUGAAGUUCCUCGGCUCGGUUCAGGUGCUGAAUCACAAGGGCAACGAUGUUUUGUGUGCAGCUAUGCAAAAGAUCGCGAUGAACAGGAGACUGACGGUGCAUUACAAUCCUCCCUCGUCCUGCGUCCUGGAGAUCAACGUGAAGGGCCUCAAACUCACCGUGCAGGAGGAGUACGAUACGAGCAGCCAAUAUAGUCACUUUUUCCAUCUGAAAAAUGUAUCGUUUUGUGGCUAUCAUCCCAGAAACAGGAAGUAUUUUGGCUUCAUCACCAAGCAUCCAGCGGAUGAGAGGUUCGCCUGCCACGUCUUCGUGUCUGAAAACUCCACCAAACCUCUGGCCGAGUCCGUGAGGAAAGCUUUCCAUCUGUACUACAAAGAGUUCGUGGAGGUGUCGUGUCCCACAGAAGACAUCUAUCUGGAAUGAGACUCACGACUGCGCUACGAGAAAUAAUAAUAAUAAUAAUAAUAAUAGUGUAUAUAAUCACAGACUAAUAUAUCUGGAGGAAGGACCAAACGAGAGCGUGUACAGUAUGAAGGGCUGAAGUGAUGUUCCUCUGCUCUUCAGGCUUCAUAGAGGAUAUUUUUUCAGGGGCACCAGCAAAACCCACGCCUGAAACAGGCCCGUGAAGAGGUUCAGAAGAGUUCUGAGCGAGAUCCUGAAACAGGAGCGAGGAGCAAUAGAAGUCUUUAACGCUGUUGUUUUUGGAUCACGGCAUUCCCUCUCUAAGUGCAACGGUUAACAAAACAAUAAUACUAUUAUAUAUUGAUGAUGAAUUGCCGUGGAGAUCCCGUUCAUGCUGAACGACUGGAAGAGCUGCUCGUCCUGGUUUUAAUAAACGCCUUGACGUCAGUACCAACACUUCAUGUAGAAACCAUGCGCUCAUUAAACGCUUCUUCAUCAAA